UAAACAAUGGAUCUUAUAUUUUAUUAAAGUAUUUAUUAUUACUACACUAUAAACAAAAUUAAUUUUUAAAUACAUUUAUUAUAUUUUCAAUUAAAAUUUUUAAAUAUAUUUUUGAAUUUUAAAUCCAAUUUUGUUUUUAUUAUUUAUAAAUAAAUAAAAAUUAUAUCGAAGACCCAAAUUAAGUUGUAUCCGAUGAAUCAUUUAAAUCAAAUCAAACUCAUAGUACUACCAUAUCAUAUCUUAAAAUUGUCCAUAAGAAACACACAAAAAGGAAGUAAUAUUUUUAAUUAAUUAAGGUUUAUUAGAAAGUUUUUAGACCAAUAGGGAUUAAACACGUAAUACUCCUAAGCACUUUGGGUUCCGCUGUGUAGCCGAUGGCGAGUCUACGCUGCAUCAGUGGCCUAUUUGGAGCUCGGCUUCCAAAACCUAGAAAUCUCGACAACCCCAUCUCUAAAACCCUCCCAAAAUACUCAUCGUCGUGGAAGAUCGUAUCACAAAUGGCGGAUCUUCCGACCCAGUUGGCUUUAUCGCCGACUAGCUCUCUCAAAAUCCAGAAAGGGGACAUCACCAAGUGGUUCGUUGAUGGCUCUUCCGACGCUAUCGUUAAUCCAGCAAAUGAACGAAUGCUUGGAGGUGGUGGUGCUGAUGGAGCCAUACAUAGAGCUGCUGGUCCAGAGCUUGUAGCAGCUUGCUAUAAGGUCCCAGAAGUUCGACCCGGAAUUCGCUGCCCUACUGGAGAAGCAAGAAUUACCCAAGGUUUUAAAUUGCCUGCAGCUCAUGUAAUUCACACUGUUGGGCCAAUUUAUGACGUUGAUAGCAACCCUGAAGCCUCUCUUAAAAGUGCAUACGCGAACUGCUUGAGUCUCGCCAAAGAGAAUAACGUUCAGUAUAUCGCCUUUCCUGCCAUAUCUUGUGGUGUUUUUGGAUAUCCUUAUGAUGAAGCUGCCACAGUGGCUAUAUCCACUGUCAAAGAGUUUGGGAAAGACUUAAAAGAGGUGCACUUUGUUCUCUUCUCGGAUGACAUCUAUAAUGUUUGGUUGAAUAAGGCAAAUGAAUUGCUCCAAAAUUAAUUAGAGUUCAGCCUGCAGCCUGCAACAAUAGAAGAUGCAGUCGUUUUGAUUUAUCUAAUUUUGAAGUGAAAAUAAUUAUUAUCAUGAUAUGUUGGCAUAUGCUGGGUUACUGGAAAGGGGAAUUAUUGUAUCAUCAAGUGUGAGAUUUUUCUGGUGUUGGUGAGUGUUGUUAUUUGAAUGUAUGUAGUGUGAGAGAGCCUACUUGAUUAUUCUUGUGAACCAUCACUGCAAGAUGAACUUUCAGUUUGUAA